UUAUCUGUGUUGAAGUGACGUCGCGUUUCGCCAUCUUGUUUAACUAUUCAACAUUAAUUUGUCUGUAUUGCGAGGAAUGUUUUAAAAUAUAUUUUAUUUAGUUAUAAUAGUUAUAAGCGUGAAAAACCUGACGAUUUCUUUUAGAGGAGCGCCUCGUAGCUCACUAGACAUUAUAGUCUAGUCCACACUUCUGAAUAGCUCUUACCACAACAAGCAUUCAGAAUGUCUGCACACGAGCAAAUGAGGGCGAUGUUGGAUCAAUUGAUGGGCACAGCUCGCAAUGGUGAAGCUGACAGGCAUGGGGUCAAGUUUUUUGAUGAUUCUGUGUGUAAAUCAUUUUUACUUCAAUGUUGCCCACAUGAAAUUCUAUCUUCAACGCGAAUGGAUCUAGGUGAGUGUCCAAAAAUACAUGAUCUGGCGCUGCGGGCGGAUUAUGAGUUAGCGUCAAAGACCAAAGAUUAUUUCUACGACAUUGACGCAACGGAGCACUUAGAGGCAUUCAUAGCUGACUGUGACCGACGGACGUCUGCCGCUAAGCAGCGCCUGGCCGAAACCCAGGAGGAGCUGUCUGCAGAAGUGACUGAGAAAGCUAACUCGGUCCAUGAGCUCGCGGAGCAGAUCGGACAGAAACUGGCGCGGGCUGAGGCGCUUGGAGAGGAGGGUAUGGUGGAAGAGAGCGUCAAACUCAUGGGAGAGAUAGACGAAUUGCGUAAAAAGAAAGCAGUCGCUGAACAGGAAUAUCGCAACUCAAUGCCGGCGUCGUCCUAUCAGCAACAGAAGUUGCGCGUUUGCGAGGUGUGCUCUGCCUACCUCGGCAUACAUGACAACGACCGGCGGCUAGCCGAUCAUUUUGGAGGAAAAUUGCAUCUCGGAUUUAUUACUAUUCGUGAAAAACUCGCUGACCUCAAGAAAAACCUAGACAAAAGGCGCGAGGAGCGCGGCGCGUCGGAGCGCGAGCGCGGCGGCGGGGGGCGGCGCCACUACGUGGGCGGCCGCGAGCUGGACCGCCGCGCGCGCCGCCACCGCGAGACCGCGCGCGAGCGCAAAGACGACCGCAAGGACGAGCGCAAGGACGACAAGCGCGACCGCGCCGAGCGCGACCGCGAGCGGGCCGAGCGCGACCGCGAGCGCGAGCGCAAGAGGAGUCGAUCACGCAGCAGAAGCAAGCGGGACGGUUCCCGGGAGCGGUCGCGUGACCGCGACCGCAACCGCGACCGCGAGCGCGACUCGCGCCGGAGCCGCUCGCAUCUGUCGUCGUCGCGCGACCACCGGCGGGACUAGCACACCGCGUUCCUAGGAUAUUAACGGGAGAAUUUUGACGCGCCAUACGAAUCUGUAACCUGAAGGUUGACCUGUUUGAUUUUGACCUAUGGAUUAAAAUAAAACUAGUGAUUUAUAGUAGGGUCAAUUGAAGUAUCCUAGAAAUCACAGACAAAAAUGAGAUGAGUGCAGCGGUCAAGAUGACUUCAUCUUGUGACUUCAUCAUCGGUCAAGAUGACUGCAUUAGUCUGGUAGCUCGGUUCUUUGAUUACUUAACCCUUUUUUUAUUAGCUCGCUUUAUUACUUUUGUGUAAUAAUCUUAAGAAUGCGUCAAAAUCACAUUAAGAAAGAAAAAGUAGAGUAGAAUUAAUAUAUAGUGGAUUGAAUGACGAAAAUUAUUGUAAAUGAUUUUUAGUGAUUAUUCCAGUUUCGCUUUUUUGGCGUUUAUGGUUUACAGGCGUAAGGCCCCGUUCGCACGAGGCAAAUGGAUAACCAUGUAUGUGUUCACACGAUGGCGGUGCGGCCUUUUCAUCGUGUGUUGUUGGAUUUUCGACUUUAGCGUUAGCCGUUAAAUCGAAUUUAGCGUACGAAACUUGUAACGUCAGGUUUUAACGCAACGCUUUUUAAACUCUCGUUCGAAUGAGGUCUAAGAUUGACUAGUUUGACAGAGACGGAUGUAAGUAGUUGUCUCAAAGUAGUUGGCUGUCAUUUAUGAUUACAAUGAAAUAAUUAACAGUUUUAACGUAAAACUACGCGGCAAAUCUAAGACUUAAGUUUUUGUUGCCGAGUAUCAAAUUAGGGUUUUGAAACAUUAACGCUGUAAGCAGGUGCCUAGGUGCCUACCGCGAACUUCGAAACUUGGUUUUUAUGUACCAGGUAGCCCCAUGGAGGUAUAUUUAUUCCGGAGUGAGUACUACGGCUAAACAGUGUGACCGAAAGAAAAGUCAAAUUAGAGCAUUGCAUCACUUGAAAUAGUCAAUGUUGCGUGAUUGACUGAUUGCCAUAUUCUAGUAAGCACAAAAACUUACGAUCUUCAUGGCUGAGGUUCUGAUUAUUACAUGCACUUUUUAUUUACAAAAAAAAAUCACAAAUUCAAUUAAUAUAUGAAAUGCCGAAUGCGUGUCUCGUUUUUGACUUGACCGGUGCACGUUUUCAAGUGUUUAUUAUUUCUAAAUUUAAAUAGUUCAAUUCGUUUUGAUUACGGAAUUAACGACACCAUUUCACAAUUAGGAAUAUGUCACAUACAAAGAGGAAUAUGUCAAUAUGAUGAUCGACUUGUGUGACAGUCCUUUGGUUUAAUGCUUCAUCUUUCGGAGAGUAGUCUUCAGAUCACCUGUCUAGCUCGAUGAUAAGGACCGAUAGCAAAACAGUGACACUCCGGGUCUAAGGUUUAGAACGCACUGCAAUUUAUUUCUUGCGGUUUCAGAAACGUAAAAAUUGAAACUUACAGCAUGCUUCAUACGCACUUGCAAACCGCUAGAAAUUAAUCGCAGUGCGUUUCCCCCGGCCCGUUGCACAUGGGUCCCUGGACCUUCAGUAUUGCCAUCUAGUGCUAACAAUGACGGAUAACUCAUUGGUUUUAGCGGGUUCAGUUUCGUUAUAUCGGAGUAUUUCCAUAUUCAUUAAUUUAAUUGGAGUAAAACAAUUCGAAGCCUGUUCUUGCGCGACUGUUUAAAAAAUAGGAACUUUAGUGUAAUUAAUGUUUAGGUUAGUUGUUUUGUUUUAAAAUAGGGAAUAUAAAAAUGAAAUAAAGCAAUAAGGACACACACUAUUUUUGUUUGAUAUUUUGUUAGUAUUGCAUAAAUACAAAACUUUUAUUAUAUAGGUUUACCAAUAAUAAGUGUAAAAGGUUUUAUGUAUCAGCUCACAUGUUUGUGUUAAAAUCAAAUCGGGAGUAGGUAGCAACUUGUACAAAGAUUACUGCUCUGCACUCGUUGAUUAAAUAAAAUUUUACCUAUUAAA